AUGCCUUCAUUUUUUCUUCUUGCCUCUGCACUUCUCUCCAUCCUAUUAUCCCACUCUUGUCAUGCUCAAAACUCUAAACAGGACUAUUUGGAUGCCCACAACACAGCUCGUGCCAAUGUGGGAGUCGGACCGUUAACAUGGGACGACCAGGUGACAGCCUACGCCAAACAAUAUGCAUCCCAAUUGGCUACUGAUUGCAACCUCGUUUAUUCUCAAGGCCAAUAUGGUGAGAACCUAGCUGCUGGAAGCGACGAUUUCAUGACAGCCACAAAAGCAGUGGCUAUGUGGGUCAACGAGAAACAAUACUAUCACCAUGACUCAAAUAAAUGUGAUGAAGGGCAGGUGUGCGGACAUUAUACUCAGGUGGUUUGGCGUAAUUCAGUUCGUUUGGGAUGUGCUAGGGUUCAAUGA